AUGAUCUCGUCCGCCCUUUACUGGGCGGAAAUGUGUCCUUGUCCUCGAAAAUCUUCAUCGGGGACCCUAGGCCCGUGGGCAGGGCCGCCCUCAUCGGCAUCCCCGGGGCGGCUGAUCCCUUCCAAAAAAGCCCCGGAAAAUUUUAGUGGUCUGCAGGCGUCCCCCAGGCAUUGCCCAUGCACAGCCCUGGGGCGAGGGUUUAACUGCGGAAAUUGUGUUCGGCACGCUAACAAAUUUUGCCACGGGGCCCACUUCCCCUACGGCACCUGCACUUUACUUCUCAGGGGAUAUGUCCCUUUCCGCGGACAGGGGAAAUUUAAAUCGGGCCCCCAAGGGUCGGACUCCAGUGCUCUAGCCAUGGACCAUCGCGGCACCUUAAAGUUAUUUAAGCUCCUGCUUGCCCUGGCACUGGUGGAGGCGUUUCGCGUUGCCUUCUACCACAUCACCAACAUUAUAGUCGACCAGCCUAUGAACAAGAGGGCUAUAAUCAGCAGGUUGGUCUCAGAUGUUAAGAUUCAUCAGACAGAAACAUAUGUAAAUCGCUCAUCAACUUCAAAAGCACCGAACAUAUAUAACUCUUCAUCUACGAAAAAAACGAAUAUAUAUCACUCAUUACCUACAAGGGAACCAGAUACUCGUACAAAUCGCUCGUCAACUAUAAAGGAACUGCAUGCAAAUCACUCAUCGCCAUUGGAAGACGAUCCUCGGUGCAGAACUCUUGUAAAAAAAACUGACGGCCGAAAUAAAUCGAAAACAUCGUCCAAGACGGCGACAGCGAAAGACGCCAAAAGGUUUAAAUUUAUAUACGAAACGAAGCCGCUACCCGGGAAGAGGCCGGUUGUGAACAGAAUCCCGUGUGAGGUGACGUGGCGCCACGACCUGGCCCACAAGCUGCCGUGCGAGGGCCAGAAUCCCCGCGUGCUGGCGGUCGUGGUCUCGGCGCCGGGCCACCAGGCGCUACGGGACCGCAUCAGGAAGUCAUGGGCCAGCCCGGCGCUCUACCCGCGCUCCGGGCUCAGAGCAGUGUUUGCAAUAGGAGCAGUCUACAACCGUUCGCUGCUGGCUGCUCUGGACGCCGAGUCAAGGCAGUACAGUGAUAUUAUCCAAAAUAAUUUCCUUGAUACAUACGGACACCUAACGUACAAAACUAUCUCGUGGCUGGACUGGGUCGUGAAGAACUGCCCCGAGACCCCGUUCGUGGCCAAAGUGGACGACGACGUGGUGGUCAACCCUCUAAACCUGCGCUCUUUCCUGCAACUCCCCGACAUAUCGUCGAAGGACCAGAAGCCUUCGUCUACUGGAGCAAUCUUCGGCGAUGCUUUAUAUAAUGGCAUUGCCCAUCGCACUGGUCGCUGGGCUCUGACGAAGGAGGAAUACCCAGAGUCAAGACUACCCACGUUUGUCUUGGGUCCUGCCUACAUCCUUACCAGAAAGGCCUGCAAACGGCUGUGGGAGAACCUAACUUACGUGCCCUUCGUGUGGCUUGAAGACGUGUUCCUGACGGGACUCGUGGCGCACUACGCAGGCGUUCCUCGUGUCAAAACCCCGAUCUUUCAGCGGCGUUUCUCCCUCUCCUUCUAUAAUGGCUCCUCCGUGUUCAUGAAGGAGGGACAUCGAACCGAUAAGGACAAAGCCUUCGCAUUCGUAGCGUCUUUAAUGAAGCCUAAAUCUUCGAGUGGUGCGCUGAAUUCGUCACGUAAAAUACAGUAGCGAUGACAAAAGUGCAAGAUGAUAGAAAUGAUAAUGUUGAUAAAAUGAUAAAGGUCCUAGUAUAGAAUGUUAAAACCAUGAACGGCAAUGACAAUCAAAAUGAUAAUGAUAAUUGCAAUAUCUGUAGUAAGAAUUUAAGGUUAUGCAAGA